CAAAGAAUUGUCAGAAAGUAACUCCACACAGGAAACGCCUGUGAGUUUGCUGUCAGAUCACAGGAAGUACCAGGCCGUUUGUAUCACGACACAGGAAGCAGCUAAUAGUUUGUGCUGUAGCCAGGUCUCCACAUCCCUUUCAUUUCCCACAGGCAGAUGCCCACAGACAUCGACUAAGUUCACUCAAAGAUAACUAAACCGUGAGGAAAACGUGUGCAGAGAUGGUGCAUCCAUAUACAGACGGAGAAGGGACAAAGGCCGCACCAGAAAAGACGUGACCAGGAACACACAGAAAAGGCAGGCAAACGUUGUGCCACAACUUGUGAAACUGCAGCGAGAGCGUAAAACAGACUAAGAAAAGCUGGAGAGAAGGAGAUCAUGAAGAAGAAAAGAUUGCAAAUAAAUAAAUAAAUAAAUAAAUAAAUAAAUAAAUAAAUAAAUGGUCUAACCGGCUCAGAAAAGAAGCAAUAAGAAACAGACUCGAAGAAAGGAAAAAAAUGGGAGUAUUUCUGAACUUUAAAAAUCUCCAGACUUGCCUGCGAGAUGCCAUCCUCUUGGACUACUAUGUGUCUGGCUUCUGUUGGGCCAAGGAAAUGAACUUCUCCAUCGACCAGUACUCAAAAUUUAUGACUUUGCUAGACAUGUUGCUUCAUAAUCUUCAAACACUGCAUAUGUCCUUAGAGGACAGCAUUAAGUGGCUGGGGGAAGUGAUGGCAGAAAUCGGACCAAACCAUUCUCGGAGGAAUGAGAAUUUCCACGUCUUUGACGUCAAGGAAGCCAACGCCAUCAUCGAUUACUUAAAAAUCAGCUUAUUCCAGCACUACAGGCUCUACGAGUUUCUGUUCUACUCCACCAGGGAAGAAAUUGUCAUCGGGACCGAGCAAACCAUAGAGGUUGUCAAGCCUGCUGACUCCCCUUUCCCAGCCCCCCUGGAAGAAGGUAUCUCACUGGACACGUAUUCAGCCUACAUCGAGCCGUUGCCAAUGCCGGACACGGAACAGAAGGCGCUAGAUCAAGAGCAAGGUUCUCAGGAACACCUGCUGGAGAGCGAAAUGGGAGAGGAGGAUCCCUUAGGUGGCUUCACCAUUGAUGACGUAAAAUCAGCCCUGGAGCAAGUGACCGACGAGGUUCUGAUGAGCAUGCAGAACGAGAUAAACGAAAAACUGCAAGUACAGGAAGAGGUCUUCAACGCGCGAAUAGAGAAACUGAAAAAACCCUGAGGAUGCAGUACAAGCAAAGCGAUGCUGAACUUCAGAGAAACAAACAAAACCGGCCAGAAUAAUAGUGUGCCUAGAGCGCUGUGUUACCUUCAUGCAGGAUGGGAGAAUCCACUUCCGGUUAUCCGGACUGAUUGGCAGUGCGUUGUCCCGCCCCUCCCAUUCCACACCCACCUCUGAGUUUACAGUGCCAAAUGUAAGAGCAUUGCUUUGUAUGAUUUUGGAGAGUUAUAUACGAAAACAUAAUUACUGUUAGGAUGGUGUUUUGACUAAUAAAUAUUAUUCUUCUUCCA